AUGGAGGAGAAACAACUUAAGGGAGGCCUGGUGGAGGUGGCGCGAAGCCUACGCGCCAAAUUCGAUGCUGAGAACGCCAAGGGUCCACCCUGUGAAGGAGUUCAGCCCAAGGAGAUAUUCAUGAUACGCAGCAAAAGAAGUAGGGAGGAACAGCGGGGCGAGCAAGUCAUUGUUAAACCGUCAGCACGCGCGCUCAUGUUCUCCAUACAGGAUCCCCGGUCGGACGGCUGGAAAGGUGACAACCCUCUGAUAAUACAGACAUCCAUCAAAGACGUGACUAUCCAUAAGGUCUAUAUCAACACCGGGAGUUCAGUAGACAUCAUCUAUGAGCAUUGUUUCCGGCUCCUUCCGGAUCGCUGGAAAGACAAUUUGCGACCUACGACGGGUAGGCUGGUGGGAUUCACCGGCCACAGCCUGUGGCCGUUGGGCACGAUCCACCUACCCUUAACAAUCACUAGCCACAACAAGCAGCGGAAGAAGACCGCCCUGAUAGAAUUUGUGGUCAUUCGACACUCGGCGGAGCACAACAUCAUCUUAGGGAGGACUGCCCUCUUGAAGCUAGGGGCCGUACCUUCAACCAUGCAUGGGAUCAUGAAAUUCGACACACCAAAAGGCGAAGCCACGAUUUUGGCCACCCCGCCCAGAGAAUUGCGGUGCUAUACAGUUAUGAAGCCAGCAGAAAUAACCAAAGGGCCUAAGAGGCCUAGGGGAAAUCCUACAAAGGGGAAGGAGGUAAUCAAUGAGGGAUACCCCGACCAGCUGGUCAAUGUUGGAAGCGACCUCCCAAGCCACACAAGAAAAGCACUGGUCGAUCUGCUCAAACGCUACAAACAUGUAUUUGCUUGGACCCCCACAGAUAUGGUGGGGGUAGAAAGGAAGGUCAUUGAACAUAAGCUAAUGAUCAAACCGGGGGUAAAAGAGGUUAAGCAGAAGAAGAGGGUACAAGGAGGAGACCGUAACAGGGCGAUCAAUGCAGAAAUGUCUAAGCUGACGGAGGCCGGAAUAGUAAGGGAGGCGAUGUUCCCAACGUGGAUUGCAAACCCAAUUAUGGUCCGCAAGCAGGAUGGGUCGUGGCGCAUGUGCAUCGACUUUUCUGAUCUAAACAAGGCAUGCCCUAAGGAUUGCUACCCACUCCCGGAAAUCGAUCAGAAGGUAGAGUCGCUACAAGGAUUUAAGCUAAAAUGCUUCUUGGAUGCAAACAAAGGGUAUCACCAGAUAUUGAUGAUCAAAGAAGACGAAGAGAAAACAGCCUUCUAUACAGACCAUGGCACGUUCUGCUACACCAAGAUGCCUUUUGGGUUAAAGAAUGCAGGGGCGACAUACCAGCGGCUAGUCGACUCGAUAUUCGCCAAGCAAAUUGGAAGGAAUAUUGAGGUGUAUGUAGAUGAUAUGGUGAUUAAGAGUCCAAAUGAAGAAAAGAUGUUGCAAGACAUCGAAGAGACUUUCAAGACAUUAGAGGUGGCCAAGAUGAAACUAAACCCAACCAAAUGCACGUUUGUAGUGGAAGAGGGGCAAUUCUUGGGCUACUAUGUUACUAGACAAUCCGUCCAGCCCAGCCCAACCAAGGUCGACGAGUUCAUCGAGACGCCAACCCCAAACUCUCUUAGAGAUGCACAAGGUCUGAACGGGAAGCUCACAGCUCUAAUCAGGUUCAUCUCGAAAUCUGCCGACAAGGCUAUGUCACUGUUCCACACCUUAAAGGGAUGCAUCGAGAAAAACAGUUUCCAAUGGACGAAUGAAGCUGAGAAGGCGCUCCAGAGAAUCAAGGAAGCACUGCACAAGCUGCCGACUCUGGCAACCCCCAUCCCUGGAGAAACAUUACAAGUGUAUCUUUCAACAUCAGGCGAAGCGAUAUCAUCGGUAUUGGCUGUGGAAAGGGAAGGGGAGCAGAGACCGGUAUACUUUGUUAGCAGAGCGCUGCAGGGACCAGAACUCAACUAUCUCACGCUGGAAAAAUUGGUGCUGGCACUCAUCUACGCUGCGAGACGAUUAAGGCGAUACUUCCAGGCACAUCAAAUCGAGGUACUCACAAGCUACCCCAUUAAACAGAUCUUGCUUAAGCCGGAGACGUCGGGUCGGCUGGCCAAGUGGGCAAUUGAACUGGGUGAGCACGAUAUAAACUACCGCCCAAGAACAAGUAUCAAAGGGCAGGCACUGGCUGAUUUCUUACUAGAAAUUCCUGACGGAGGGAACCCGACGAAAGAAAAGGUGUGGGUAGUUGAAGAGGCCACUACCGGCGAUGGUUCAUGGACCCUGUACACGGACGGAGCGUCCAGCAGGGAAGGCUCAGGGGCGGGGCUGAUCCUAACUAGCCCAGAAGGAGAAGAGGUAACCUACACCCUCCGUUUCGACUUCCAUACAUCGAACAACGAGGCGGAGUAUGAGGCGCUGCUUGCAGGGUUGCGACUCGCCAAACAGAUGGGUGCGAAAGCUGUAACAGCACUAACCGACUCAAGGUUACCAGCUAACCAAGUCAAUGGGAGUUUCGAGGUAAGAGACCAAAGAAUGGGAAACUAUGUAAAGAUGGUAAAGCAACUGGUAGGAUCAUUCGGCCAAUUUACAAUCAAGCAGAUACCCAGAAGUGAGAACAAGAGGGCAGACGCUUUGAGCAAGCUAGCGUCCACUUGUUUUGACCACCUGUCAAAGAAAGUUUUAGUGGAGGUGCUCCGGGAGAGAAGUAUUGAUGAACAACAGGUGAACAUCUUGACCUCCGUUGGACCCACAUGGAUGACACCGUUCCGGGAAUACCUCCAGAGAGGAGUGUUGCCGGACGACCAUGACGAGGCCAGAAAAAUACGUAUAAAGGCGCCCUCAUACGCAAUGGUGAAUGGGGAAUUGUACAAGAAGGGAUUCACGUCUCCAUGGCUAAAAUGUGUAGAUCGAGCCAGGGGGAGAGAGAUAUUGCAGGAAGCACACUCAGGGCAGGUAGGCGCACACAAAGGGGCGAGGGCUUUGACAGGAAAGGUGCUACGAAUGGGGGUAUACUAG